AGAAAAACGUCUAUGGUCCAGGAUGUAUCUACGCAUGUUCUGCCAAAUGCCGUGAUUCUAGUUGUAAUUCUACAACUGGACACUGUUACUCGUGUAUUACUGGGCUGCAUGGACAUUUCUGUGAUAAAAUGUGCCCCAACUACACGUAUGGUGACUCCUGUAGCAAAACAUGCUCAAAACAUUGUGACGAUGACGGUACCUGUGACGUGACCAAUGGAACCUGUGUCUAUGGUUGUCGGUCGGGAUUUCAAGGAGAAACUUGUGAUCUGGAAUAUACCCAAGACAAAUCAGGCGACACACCGCCAAUAGCGGCUAUAGUUGCACCCAUUGUUGCUGUGAUACUUAUAGCAUUGAUAACCAUUGCAGGAUUUGUUUUCUGGAGGAAGCGGAGGUUAAAUAAAAAUCAGAAGUCUAAUGGUGGCGAUUUAGCUGGCAAUGAACUAUCAACUCUUGCUGAAUAUAGUGGUGACGAGUCGUCUCGUCAUAAUGGCAAAUAUAAAGAAAAGCCUACUGUUGUAGUAAAUGCCUACAAAAAUGACGAUGUUGAUCUUGACAAGAGAUACAUUAACGUAACAACAUUAAACGAUUUCAUGGAGUCUCAAACUAGACACUAUUUUGUAGAGGAAUUUAAGAAAAUCCCAGCGCCAUCAAAUGUGACAACAAAUGUGGGCCAGAAUGAAUCAAAUAAACACAAAAACAGAUACAAGAACAUCUGCACUUACGACCACUCACGUGUCCACCUAGAGGUCAACGCCAGCAAGAAUGAAGGCGACUACAUCAACGCUUCCUACGUUGAGGGAUACAACAAUGAGGAGAAAUUCAUAGCUUCUCAAGGUCCAAAUGAAGUAAUCACCAACGACUUUGUGCGAAUGUUGUGGGAACAAAAGGUUGAUAAAGUUGUGAUGUUGACAAACCUAAUCGAAGAGGGGAAGGAAAAAUGUGUGAGGUACUGGCCGUUAGAAGGUACAGUCACCUUCGGCGACAUCAAGGUAAAAUUGGCUGCCACACACGUCUUUGCUGAGUACACCAUUCGGAAGCUGGAGCUUCGUAAGAAAAACGAAGUAGGUCAUCACUUUACACAAUUCCACUUCACAUCGUGGCCAGACAAAGGUGUGCCUCUAACACCGUGGGGACUUGUGGACUUUGAACAGAGGGUGGCGUUAGGGAGUACAUCAAGGCCUAUUGUUGUCCACUGCAGCGCUGGUGUAGGACGUACUGGAACCUUCAUCGCUCUACGUAAUGUGAUGAGAGAAGCUGAAGAAACGGGGCGGAUAAAUUGUUUUAAAACAGUGGCCAAACUCAGACAAGACAGGGUUCUGAUGGUUCAAACAGCGGAGCAAUAUGAGUUUCUACAUAAAGCUGCGCAAGUUGCUAUCGUCUGCAUGAGAACAACUGUUAGCUCAAAUGAUAUUUUGACACGGUUGAAAUACCUGGAAGAAAUGACAAUUUCUAAAAUCAGCAAUAUGGAGAAGGAAUUCCAGACAGUUUCUCGUCUUAGUGAAGAGUUUAAUAAAAAUGAAAGCAACAAAACUUCAAAGGAUGCUGAAUCAAAUGUAUAUCAAAACAAUAACACCUCUACUAAAGACGACAAAAACAGAAGUUCUUUAGUUAUUCCAAGUAAGCUGUACGGCGCUGUUCUGUCUUGUGAAUCAAACAGUUUUAACCACUAUAUUAAUGCUGUACUUGUACCGAGUUUCACAAGCCGAGAGAACCAGAUACUAACACAGUUCCCAAUGCCAAACACAGUCACAGAUUUCUGGAGAUUGGUGGCACAGUACAAUGUAAAACUUGUCGUGGCCUUUCAAACAAAAUCAGAUGAUCAAGACGAGACAAUAGGAGAAUAUCUGCCCCAGAGCACCACUACACCUUUAGACUGUGGACCAUAUGAAAUACACACAGGCCCUGUCAAGUCUGAGAGUUUAUGGGAGGAACAAAACAUUACAGUAAAGGCGAACAUAAAAGCCAUGGAUUUUCAACCUCUAAAUGUAACCAGUGAAACCCAAGUGACCCACAUCGCGAGUAAAAGCACAGACCUGAAUCCCAAGAAUCUUCUCAAACUUCUCAAACACACAAGGUCAAAUAAUGUACAGGCACAGGGGAGAGUACUCUACAUGUGCAGAAACGGAGCUGAGUACAGCGGCCUGGCCUGUGUGUUGAGUCUUCUACUUGACCGAAUGGACCAUGACCAAAGUUUAACAGUUCCACUUGUUGUUGGUGCCAUCAAAUGUAUCAGACCACAGGUCAUUCCGUCUCUGGAUCAGUACAGGUGUCUGUAUCAAGUUCUACAACGAUACAGUGAGCUGAAUACGCCUUACAGCAACUAUGAAACGCCUCUCAUACCAACACACCAGAACAUAUGGACACAACAAGAGAAAUCAGUAGCAGAAAACGUUUAUGAAAACAGUUAAUUUAUACUUGAACAUAAUGAUGAACUAUACAAGUUUGGUCUGAAGAGUGUAUUGAGCGCCGACUCCAUACCUACACAUUUGGUCCAAAGAGAACUGAGAGAUAAAUAUGAAACCUUUAGGGAGAGAUAAUUUUCAUGUGUAUAAAAUAAAUAUUGAUGAACUUUUUUUAAAACUUUCUCGUAUAUACGAAGUAGGCCUAUAUAGAAAGUAUUGUAAUCGUGGAAAAAAAUCGAGAUUUUACAAAUCUCGACGUUUUACACCUCCCUGAGUCGGAAAAACAUAGUUUUGCAAUCUUAUCCGUAUGUCUGUGUGUGUGUGUGUGUGUAAACACGAUAACUUGAGUACCGUUACAGCUAGGUAUAUAAGUAUUAUAUCAAAAUCGUAGAUCCGUUUCAACUUUUGAGUGAUUUCUGAUAACCGGAAGUGGAACUUUUUCUACUUGGAGUUUUUCAAAAGCCUAUAACUUGAGUACUAUUUCAGAUACAUAUAUGAAAUUUCACAUGUAAGUAAAAGAUCUAAUUUUCUGUUUUCUGCCUUCUGUCAAAUUUUAACUAAUUUCCGUUGACCGGAAAUAGUAAUUUUCACUCAUUCCGAUUUCUCAAAAAAACGCAUGUGAAUUUAUAAAGUACUAAUAAUAUUCUUCACUAAUAUACACAUCUUUAUUCGGCGUUUGCUUGGUGCGCAAUUCUUUUUUCUAUGAGAUUCUAUUCUAUUUUAAACAGUUUAAGUAUUUAAAAUGGAUUAGAAACCAUAACGAUAUCCCGAGUUCGCUCCCCUGUUGUUUUAUAUAAGAAUAUUCGAGAAAGUUUAUAGGAGAUCACUCCCGGUUUAUUUUGUUAGAAUCUGAUCUAAAAUUUGCUUUAUGAUGUGCUUAGUUAUUUUUAUUUCAGUUUUACAUCGCAUAGUUUGCUUAUCAUUGCAUUUUUAUAUGCUACAUAGUAAUGCAUGUUUUAAAACAAUUUCAGAAUGAGCUUAAUUUGUUUAAAUUAUUAUUUUUAUUAUUUAAUAUAAAAUGUAAUAAUAAAAAAUCGAGUGACA